AUGAAAGUGGUAGCUGUUGCACGUCAAUUGGGUAACUUGAUUACCAACAAAAACAUUUUAGAGAUUCUCAGGAACGAAGUCAAGAAUCUGCAACAAAAAAGACAAAAGGUGCAAGAAAAUCCUACUUAUUGGGAUUCUGAAGAAUUCCAGACUAAAAGUAAGUGGUUAAAUAGAACUGAUGAGUUUUUUAGACAAGUGAAUGUAUUUUUGAACUACUAUGAAGGAAAAGGUUCUUGCACAAAUUUUCUAUGGUGGUACAAUGUUAAUAAACAAGCAAGAAAGAUGAUGCAAGAAAUGUUACAAUUACAAGAAGAAGGUAAUCUUUAUCUGUUAGUGAAACCACCAAAAGAUUAUAAGGCCCCAAAAUCAAGAGCAGAUACUAUAAAUGAUAUUAUGGAGGCCUUAAAGGACCCUCUUAUCCAAACAGUUGGAGUAUGGUGGUUGGGUGGUGGAGGCACAACCUUAUUGGCCAAACAGGUUAGAGACCAAGCAGAAAAAGAACAAAAAUUGUUCAAAGUUGUUAUCAUAGAUAUAGCUGAGAAGCCAAGCUUUGAACAAGUUCAAGAAGGUAUUGAAGCUAUAUUAGGUCUCAAGUUUAAUGGGGAAAUGCAUGUGGAAAGAAGAAAUAGAUUGCGUCUAAGAAUAAAGAAAGAGGAAAAAAUUCUUAUCAUCAUUAAUGAUAUAUGGGGAGAAUUGAAUCCUCAAGAAUUUGAUUUGGACGAAAUUGGAGUUCCUUUGGGUGAUGAACAUAAGGGGUGUAAAUUAUUGCUAAUAUCAAAAAGUUUGGAUUUCAUCCAAAAUUUGAUGGGUGCUCCUAAGGCUAAGAUAUUUCAACUAGAAAUGUUACUAGAAGAAGAGGGUCAGAGCUUGUUUUUAAAGAUGGUUGGAGACAUUGCUCAAGAUUCUGACGCAAGUUCCAUAAUAACUGAAAUAGUGAAAAGUUGCGAAGGUUUAGCUCCUGCAGUUUUUGCUAUAGCCAAGGUAUUAGAAAAGAAAGACCACUGUGCUUUGCAAGUUGCCUUGAUGCAGCUAAAGGAACAUGUUGCACCAAUAAGACUAUGUUACAAUAGUUUAGAGAGUGAAGAACACAAAUUCUUGCUCUUGAUUCUUACCAUCAGGGGAAGGAGAGCCGUGAACAAGUAUAGUAUAUACAUAGACAUGUGGGAAGGUUUAUUAAAAUAUCUUGAUACAAUAGAGGCUGCAAGAAGUAGGUGUGAUUCAUUAAUCAGUGAUCUUAAGGCCUAUGGUCUUCUGGUUGAAGAUGAAAAUGAAAAUGUCAAAAUAAAUGACUUGAUAUGGCACACUGCUUAUUCAAUGGCUCAAAGUGAUCUAAAAGCUUCAAUGAUUUCUACAGAAUGGCCAAUUGAAGAAUGGUUGAGAAGUUUACGCUUCUGCAACAUGGCUAUUGUGAAUGGUGCACAGGUUCCUGAAAGGUUGCAAUGUCCAGAAAUGCAAGAGAUUAUACUAAGUACUGACAAUCCCUUAAUGCAGGUUCCAAAUUCAUUUUUUGAUGAGACUAAACUUCUGAAAGUAUUAGAACUUAUUGGCUUUGAUUGUUCAAAACUACCUUCUUGUUUUGGUUCGAUAAAGAACCUUCAAGCAUUAUCCAUGUCCAAUUGCAAAUUGGGAGACAUAACUAUAGUUGGUGAGCGCACAAACCUACAAAUUCUUGGCCUUCUUGGAAGUAGAAUCCAACAAUUGCCUAGACAAAUUGGACAACUUCAGAACUUGCUAAUCUUGGAUUUAAGAGACACAUAUCUCCAAGUAUUUCCAUCCAAUGUUCUGUCAAACUUAACUAGUUUAGAAGAAUUAUAUUUGAGAAACUCCUUUUGCAAUUGGGAGGUUGAAAGAUCCAAUAGUGAAAACAGAAAUGCAAGCUUGAAAGAGCUAACAAACUUGCAUCGCUUGGCAUAUAUAGAAGACUUGUAUGUUCCUGAUCCUCAAGCAUGGCCAAUGGACCUGUACUUUGAAAAAAUUAAAUCAUACACAAUUUUCAUUGGGAAUAGGUGGGUUGAGACCCAUAAUGGUGAUCAUGGGUUAAAAGUAUUGAAACUCAAGCUCGAUAGAAAGUUACAAUUGGAGGAUGGAAUUAAAAGGAUUGUGAAAAAUGUUGAUGUCUUACACUUAGAUGAACUGUAUGGUGUCCAAAAUAUUCAGAGUGAAUUGGACAGUGAUGGGUGUCCCCAUCUACAAUCUCUCUUUGUACAAAACAAUGCUGAAAUCAAAUGCAUAGCCAUGAGUUCGAGUGAUGCUCAUCACAUUGAUGCUUUCCCCAACUUAGAGUCUCUGUCUCUCGACAAUGUAAGCAAUUUAAAGCACAUAUGCCAUGGUUCUCUAAGUGAAAAAUCUUUCUUGAAAAUAAGAGUCAUCAAAGUACAGCAAUGCCAUGAAAUGAAAUGUCUCUUCUCAAAUUCAAUGAUCGAAGGUCUUCCUCAUCUUGUUGAUUUAGAAGUUUCAGAGUGCAAACUCAUUGAGGCAAUUGUGGUUGGAGGAGAGAAGAGAACACCUAUAAUUUCUUGCCCUAAUUUGGAGAGAAUGGUGAUUUCCAAGGUUAUCAAAUUAAAAUACAUAUGGGAUUUUCGAUACAAUGUUGAAAAUUCAUUUUGGAAGCUGAAGAACAUUUUAGUCGUCAAAAAUUGCAGUUCAAUGGAGUACAUUUUUCUUUUGGAUGAUGAGGACGGUCGAUUUGGAAAAUCAAGCCCUAUCCAAUUGAUUUGUUUAACUCUACUUCAGCUAUCAAAAUUGCUAUGGGUAUGCUUUCUGUUGGGAGAUAUCAAAGUUGAAUUUCCUGAAAUGGCCAAUAUGCAUCUUGAAGAGUUGCCAUCAUUUUUGGGGCUGUUCAGUAAAGGUUAUGCUGAAUUGCCAUCUUUGGAAAAAGUAGUUGUGAACCACUGCCGCAGAUUGUCUGAUUUUGGAUUGGGAAGGAUAGAAAGGUCACUGUUGAAGUCAAUGAUCAUAGACAAUCAAGACCAAAUUCACAAUGAUGCCCAAAUUAGUCAAGAUACUGCACAUGACUUAACUAUUGAUGGGGAUGAGGAAUUAAGCAAAGCAGAGGAAUUAUGUGAACAGAAACCUUUCUUUCUGUCUUCCCUUACAAUUUUUAAAGCAAAAAAUUGUAGCAAUGGAAACCGUUUGUGUCAAUUUUUCUCCUACUUGGAAGAGAGGUCUACACUGCUUGAACAUAUCACCAUUGAACACUGCAGAACAUAUCCAUAUCUAUUUUGCAUAAAGUCUUCUAAUCUCAAUUCCUUGAAGGAAUUGGUAUUAAUGGAAUUACUUGACCUGGAGAACAUAUGGGAAAAACAUGUCCUUUACGUUACGCUCAAUAAUUUGAGAAAGAUAUACAUCAAGAGUUGCCCCUCUUUGAUGGAAGCCUUUCAUUAUAGAGUUGAAGAGCUCCCCCAACUGAAUGAAUUGAAGAUUCAAGAAUGUGGCAAGUUAAAAAGACUUCUUCCAUAUUAUUUUAAAUUUGAAUCCCUAGCAUUGAGCAAAGUGGAGCUUGUGUACCUCCCAGAAUUAAUCAAGUUCCAUGAAAACGAUAGUGAUGCACAAUUCCCAGUUUUAAAAACAUUGGUUAUUGAAAAAUGUCCUAACUUGGAAAUAUUCACCAAUGGGCUUGCAACUGCAUAUGAUUUGCCAGAAAAUCGUUUCUUUUUUGAGUUUAAUGAACUCAAGUUGGAUACUUGCCACACGUUGGUUUAUGUCAUUUCCUCCAAGGCUUUACAAGAGUUUCCAAAAUUGACGAAACUCACUGUAAGUCAUUGUAACACAUUGAAAAUGAUAUUCCACAUCAAAGAGGAAAUAUCAUAUUCUACAGAGCUUUUGCAGCAGCUAACUGAAUUGACUUUAACUGACCUACCCAAUCUGACUCACAUCAUCAACAAAGAAAUUAUCAGGUGCUACGAAAAUCUCCAAAUCCUAGAAGUGAAGCAAUGCAAGUCUCUUAAAUCACUACAAGCCUCUAAAAUGCUAACAAAUAUGCAAGUUUCGGAUUGUGAGUCUUUAGGGAAAAUUGUCGUGAUGGAUGAAGGACAAGAAAUGGGAGAGAAUAAGACCUCAUUUCCUCAGUUGAAGUAUGUUUCUCUUGAAAAUCUAACAAAACUCUCAACUGUAUUUCCUUCUCAAUCUCAAUUUCCAUCCUUGGAAACAUUGAUAAUCACAAAUUGUCCUGCUCUCAUCACUUUUCUUGAUGAGUCCAAUGAGCAUAAGGAUCACCCAGAACCUGCUACUUCAGACUAUUUCUUCCCAAGUUCUCUGUCAUUGAACAAGUUGAAAGUACUUUGUAUAAUAGACCAGGAGGAUAUUAAGAAACUCUGGCACUACAAUUGUCCCCCAGAAUCAUUUUGUGAACUAGAAAAUCUAACUUUGAUAAACAACAAAUUGUUGAAUGUCAUCACAUCCAACAUGAUCAAAAGAUAUGACAAUCUAAAAUCUAUGACUGUGGACAAAUGCGAAUUAAUGACAGAGGUAUUUUACAUUGAAGAUGACAAGCAAAAUCAGAAAAUUCAAGAAAUGUUUCCUCGACUGAGUAUAUUAGCAUUGAGCAACCUAAAGAGAUUGAGAUGUCUCUGGAACAAGGAACCUCAAGUUCUAUUUUUCUCAAAUUUGAUGUCACUUCACAUUGUCCACUGUGGUAGCCUCAAAAGUUUAUUCUCAUCUUCUUCUGCCAAAAAUCUUAAAAAACUCAAAUUACUCAAAUUGUGUGAUUGUGAAAAAAUAGAAGAGGUCAUAUCAAUUGAUAAAAGUGAAAGUGUAUCCAUCAUUUUUCCUGAAGUAGAAUGCCUUGUACUAAAAAAUCUUCCAAUGUUGGUCAGUUUUUGUCAGCAAAGUGGAACUUUUGAGUGGCCUAAAUUACAAACAGUGAGGGUGAGCAAUAUUCCAAAUAUGAAGACUUUUUUAGGAUGUCAUGUCAAGACACCCUCGUUAAGAUCAGUUUAUAUAACAUUUGUUAAGAAAUAUUGGCUAGGGAAUUUAAACAAGACCAUAGCAUGUAUCCAUCAAGAUUCAGGACUGGAAAAUCUAACUUUGAGUUACAACAAUUUGUUGAGAGGCAUUUCUUCCAAUAUGAUCACAAGAUACAGCAAUUUGAUAAAUUUGACUAUGGACAAUUGUGAGUUACUAACUGAGGCAUUUUACCUUGAGGAUGACAAACAAGAUGAGAAUAUCAAAGAAAUGCUUCCUCAACUGAGGACAUUAACAUUGAGCAACCUAAAGAGUUUGACAUAUGUCUGGAACAAGGAACCUCAAGUUCUCUUUUUUCCAAAUUUGGUGUCACUCAACAUUGUCCACUGUGGUAGUCUUAAGAGUUUAUUCUCAUGCUCUACUACCAAAAACCUUGGUAAGCUGAAAUUACUCAAAUUGUGUAACUGUGAGAAAAUAGAAAAGAUAUUUUCAGAUGAUAAAGAAGAAAAUGUAUCCAUCAUUUUCCCUGAAGUAGAGUGUCUUAUACUCAAAGACCUUCCAAAGUUAAUUCGUUUCUGCCAGCAAUGUAUAACUAUUGAUUGGCCUAAAUUACAAAAAGUGAGUGUGAGCAACAUUCCAAAUAUGAAGACUUUUUCAGGAGGUCAAGUCAACACACCAUUGUUACGAUCAGUUUAUAUAACAUUUGUUAAGAAAUAUUGGCUUGGGAAUUUGAACAAGACCAUAUCAUAUAUCCAUCACAAUUCAGAAUUAAUGGAAAUGCUUAAAGCCAAGGAGAAAGGAAUUGAAGCAACUUAUUUGGCACUAAAAGAUAAAGAAGAUGAGCACUGA